AUGCUCGCCCUUCGCGCCCCCCAGACCGCCGUCAAAUGCGCGGUUCGUGAAACCGCCGCCUCCCAACGAGACUGCUGUUGUGCUGCCAUGCUCGAGUGGUCUGGUCUGGUGGUUGCUUUGUUUUACGAGGCCCUCCCCCCCCCCCGGCCUGCCUCCACGACCCAUCAAAUCUUCAUCCUCGUCCUUGUCCUCGUCCACGGGCCACUCUUGCCGCUCCGACUGAUGUCCCAUUGUCGAGCCAAGGCCUCGCUCCCCCUGCAUCCCUUGCCCGGCCUCGUACAAACACAGAGACGAAACCUCGUCGCCGACGGGCUCUAUCCUUUGUCAUCGCCAACCUACCGAGUCUUGCGCAUCGUCACAACUAUUUCUUCACCGGCAGUUCCUUCACCAUCGAGCCCUCAAACCAACGUCCCGACUCCGCGCCCUGGCCAAGGCGCCGCUGCCUCCAUGCAGUUCUCGCCCCCUCCCGACGUCGAUACCCUCUCGACAAAGCUUCCUCCGUUGAAUAAUCAUGAUACCGACAAGAUUCUCCCAUCGCUCAGCAGUGUGACUGGCGUCCAUGGCUUCAGGGGCGAUCCCAUCCUCGACCACCAAAACUUCCGUUCGCAAUCACCACACUGGCCUCCGUUGAGCGGCCCUUUAGCCUACCGCCAACCACCCAAUUUUUCCACUCGCCGGGCGGACAGUCCAGCUACCAUGGACCUCGAUGGCAGCAAUAGCGUAACCAGCGCGCCGUCGCCGGAUCGUCACAGUUCCAAUAACAGUUUGAAUUUGGACGACCCAGACGUUCGAUUAGCGGCAGAAGCGCUUGGCGACCUCCGAGCAGAUUUCGUUUCGUCGCCGCCAGAUACGGCUAGCCUGGCCCCAAUGAGCCCAACCAUCAAUAGCCACCAUCGAACAUCAUCCUCCCAGUCCAGAUCACCUCAGCCCGAACCAUUAUUAUCCCUUCUGACGACUGCUCAUCCACUCGUGGCUAGUACAAUUGGAGGGGCUAGUUUUGCAUACGGCGGGGCCAAGAAUUUCUCCCCGCGGUUCAAGUCCGGUGCUGAAUACGUCGAAGGUUACCUAACGCCGCUUGCCAAAACUGUGAACUCGGUUGGCCGAGUCACAGGUGUUGAAGGUGGCGUGCGUUGGUUCCUGGGCAACAGACGCCAGCCCAACUCAGCUGAUUCCGAUGCCAAUGGCAAUUCCAAGAAGCGGCGAAAAGUUGGUCAAGAGAGCGAUGGUGCCAACAAGAAGAGCAGGGAUAUGACAAGUGGCGAUACCGACAUGUCUCCGUCUACACCGAAAAGUGAAAGAAGAUUGUCGUCGGCUAGCACCGUAGAUACCCUGCCCGCCUACGACGAGAUGAGGUCGCCGGCCUACACCGAGAUUGAGGCUGGAUCACAACAAGCGCCGCGGUCCACCCCCUCCAAUGCCUCCUGGCCAUCUCGCCUCAUCAUGUCGACAUCAGGAUUAAGCGUCGCCAUGAGCGCUGAGAGUUUACGGAGCUUGAAGUACUGCCUCAAGUGGCUUCGUUGGACAAAUGACCACAUGAGCCAGGUGAUUGGCAACCUGAAGACUACACUGGAGGAAUACGAGAAUACUGCCCAGCGGCAAAUCGAAAACUCGGAAUCCGGCAAAUCGCAAAGCUCCGCCGACGCGCCUGACAAUGCCGACGGUCAAUCCAACGGACAAACCCCAGAACAAGCCCGCACCGAGCUGACUAACAAGAUCAAUACACUCAAGGUUGAUGUUCUGAAGACUCUUCAGGAAACCAUCAAUACCGUGUCCAAAUAUGCCGGCGGCGCCUUGCCCGAGAACGCUCGCAUCCUUGUGCGCCGGCAUCUAACGAGCCUGCCCCAACGCUUUCGAUUAGCCAGCAUGUCAGACACGUCCUCGGAAGGCGGCGAGAAGGAUAGCGACUCGGCGGUGCGUGAAGGCGCUCAAAAGGUUUUGGUCUUGGCAAAGGAAGGUCUGGAGAUGGUGACGCAGAUCACUGGCGUCUUGGACGGCACCAUUGUCAGUGCUGAACAAUGGUGUGAGCGCAUGGGGAAACGGCGACGGCCUACGAACGAUGGCGAUCAGCUUGAGUCCCCUCGAUUUGAGCCGCCCGCCACCGUUAUUGAGGCUAAUGGCGAUGUGAAAAUGGCUCCUUAA